CAAGUGAGCUGAGUGCAGGUAAAGGAUCUGCUGUGGCUGGAGACAUGUCCCCUUCCCUGCUGGGGUGCAGCACAGGGCGCCACACCAUCACUGGCAUAUUCUGCUGGUCCUCCCCUGAACCCGGCUGUGGCACCACUGGCCUGGAUGCUAGGAACAUGGGUAUCUGAUCCUCUUGGUGAAGGAGAGUUCCCCUCAAUCCCCUCUUUUCAUUACAAGGAAGAAGCAGUCAUCUCACAUGUAGGACAGCCAAUGCUGAAUUUCACGUUUUGUGCCUCUAACCCGGAGACAGGGAAACCAAUGCACAGAGAAUGUGGAUUCAUUCGUGUGAAGCCUGGGACCAAUCAAGUGGCAUUUAUAAGUGCCCAGAACACAGGUGUAGUUGAGGUGGAAGAAGGAGAAGUCCAAGGAGAGCAGCUCACUCUGACCUCACAUUCACUAAGCAGAAUCAGCUUUGCCAAAGAACCUCAUGUACAGCAGAUCUCACGUACCUUCCGUCUGACCGCCGAAGGGAAGUUGGAGCAGACUGUUUUCAUGGCAACUAGCAAACAGGCCAUGGCUCCUCACUUACAGGUUACAUACAAGAAAGUGACCUCCUAACAAUUUGCGUCCAAGAUACUGAAGAAGUGCCUGUACUGCUCUUAUCACGUGAAUAAAUGUAAGCUGCUGACCGCUCCGGUGGUUAUCCAUUUCACAU